AUGGACUCUGACGAUGACCUUGAUUGCCCUCUCUGUAUGGAAGAGUUGGAUAUUGCCGACAGAAACUUCAGACCUUGUCCUUGUGGAUACCAGAUCUGUCGGUUUUGCUGGCAUCAUAUCAAGGAAAACUUGAAUGGUCGUUGUCCCGCUUGUCGUCGAGAAUAUUCUGAAGAAAUGGUAGAAUUUCAACCAGUGAGCGCAGACGAAUUGCAACGUAUCAGAAAAGAAAAGAGAGAAAAAGAAAAGCAGCAAAAGGACAUGGAAUCUGCUAAUAGACGGCAUUUGUCUAGUAUGCGUGUUGUUCAAAAGAAUUUGGUAUAUAUUAUUGGUCUUCACCCUCGCUUAGCAACAGAAGAGAUUGUUAGAUCCAACGACUACUUUGGUCAGUUUGGUAAAAUCUCCAAAAUUGUUAUUAAUAAGAAACCAGCACUUCCUGCAUCGCAAAUGACCUCUCUACCAAGUGCAGCGGUCUAUGUCACUUAUUACAGAAAAGAGGAUGCCGCCAAAGCAAUUGCAGCUGUUGAUGGUAGCGUUAUUGCUGAUAGAGUAGUCAGAGCAUCCUAUGGUACCACAAAAUACUGUACCUAUUAUUUACGUAACAUGACAUGCCCAAAUCCAAAUUGUUUGUAUUUGCACGAACAAGGCGAGGAUAUGGAUACAAUUUCAAAGGAGGAAUUGGCUACUGGCAAACACCAUAUGCGAGACAUGUUGACCGAAGAUGGCGACGAUGAGCAUGGCGAUCGUCACAGAUAUGAGGGAUCCAGCUCACAUCAUAAUCACCAUCACCCACAACAUUCAACGCCUCAACAGCAGCGUCCUCAACUCUCCAGCGAUGAUUUCCCGGCUGUAUCCAGCAGUUCAAAGACCAGCAACAAGGUUACAGACGACUCAGCAUUGCCAGCCUCAGCUUCAUGGGCCAAGGUGGGUGUUAGCAGUACACCCUCUACACCUGUUCUUAGUGUCUCAGAUGCAUUCGGGCCCACACUAUCAGCAGCAGUUGCAGCCUCUCAACAAAAGACACAAUUCCCUCCUAUGCCCAAACGUAAGAGUGAAAAGAAAAAGCGAAAGGAGCAAUUGCAACAACAAAAGACCACAACUGAAGCUUCCACCUCACAACCUGCUACACCCAAAUCGGUUGCUGCUACAAUUACUUCGCCUUCCAUAUCUUCUUCUGUCAAUGGUAAAUCUGUCACUGAAGAAUCACAACAAGAUGAGUCUGUGGCAUCCUCCUCCUCGCCAUCCUCUUCAAGUGGACCCUCUCAACAGCAACAAUCAGCAGAGCACGACAGCGUUGCGGCAUCAGCUACUACACAACCUUCUCUAUUCGACCUGGGGCUAACAGGCUUUGUUCUCGGUCAAGCUUACAAGGAUUUAUGUCCAUUACCAACAGAGGCAGAAUUUGAAAGCAAACAAAGACAGGACGAUCAAGCAGCUGAAGAGCUUACAUUGGGUGUAUCAGCAUUGUUACUGGGUGAUGAUGCUAAGGCUGAACCUUCUCCAGCGCAACGAAACUUGGAAGCUAUUCAAUCAGCAUCUACUUCAAAACUCAUUCCUUCUACCAUUCCAUCUGUGCUCGACUUUCUCACAUACUCUACCCCUACACCAAAGUACACUAGCAUGUUCAAUCCCUUUGCUCAUAUGAGUAUGUUGGGUGGCCAACCACAACAGCAGCAACAACCAAACAAUGGUGGUAAUGGUGCUGCUGCUGCUGCCGCUGUUCUGAACAACAACUUGGAUUCUCCCAUUAGAAGACACUCCAGAUUUGGAUUUGCUCAAGCAUAA